AUGGGUGUAGUAGGCGGGCUGGAGAUGGUCCAGGUCCGUCUGGACGAGACUGACACACCGGACAGUCCCACGUCACAUGCGCAGAGUAUGGAGGAGAGGGACGAAGCCGCUCAUCUAUUGCAGGAGUAUGGAUUUGACCACGAUCAGGAUUUUGACGCUGAGAGUGAAGUGGGUGGACACGGAUUCAGCGACACAGGUGCUCACGAGAAGAUCCAGACACGCAAGACGAGGCGAGAGUCAAUCAUAUACCGACUAUCACCGUGGAGGUGUGCACGCCGUCGAUGCGAAGCCAACGGCUGUACAAAGCAUAGUUCUUUCCGCCGCAGGUGGAGGCGACCAUUCUGGAUCGUGGUCGCUGUUCUUACCAUCUUAUGUUUGUCCUCUUUCGCAUGGGACAGAAUCCUCGCCACUCUGGCAGACAGUCGCGACGUGGACCUCUUCACAGAUCAGCUCAUCCAGGGCGUCGUCCCGAUCGCCUGUCACUCUCACAAUGACUACUGGCGACAUGUCCCGCUCUUCUCGGCCCUCGCCGUGGGCUGCACCGGCGUGGAAGCCGACAUUUGGCCCGACGGCAAGAAUCUGCGCGUUGGCCACACCAGGCGCACGGUGAUCAAAAAUCAGACUCUGCGCAGUCUCUAUCUCGAUCCUAUUCUGAAUAUUCUGGACCAACACAACCCGGCCAAUAAUGUGUCGUCCAAGGACACCGCGUCGAUCAUCCAGCAGGAGACUUUCGCCCCGGUCGGCGUCUUCCUCACUGAACCUUCCCAACCUCUCAUCCUCCUCAUCGAUUUCAAAAUCGAGCCCGAGACCCUCUGGCCCAUUCUCAUGGCAGAUCUCGAGCCUCUGCGUCAAAAGGGCUACCUUACACACUUCAACGGGUCGAACAUCGUACAUCGUCCACUCACGAUCGUGGCAACCGGCGAUGCACCGUUUGAUCGCAUCCAAGGAAACUCCACCUAUCGCGACAUCUUUUACGAUGCGCCUCUCGACAAACUCUCCCCUCGUCCUUCAUCAACAUCAUCAUCUACCAACACAUCUAUAUCCCCCUACAACCAAUACAACAGCUACUACGCCUCUGUCAGUUUCCGUCACUCCAUCGGAUCACUCUACCUCGGCCGUCUCUCAAACGACCAGCUCACCAAAGUACAGAGUCAAAUUGCUACAGCUCACGCGCGCGGCUUAAAGGUGCGGUACUGGGGUACCCCCGGGUGGCCGGCCGCCUUGCGGAAUUACGUGUGGAGAGUGUUAGAACGAGAGGGGGUGGACAUGUUGAAUGUGGAUGAUUUGAGGGCGGCGAGUCGGGGGACGUGGAGGGAGGAAAGCUGGUGGUGGGGAUGGUGA